AGGGUUUCUGAAGGAAGAAUGGAUGAAAAUCAUGGCGUGAUGGAGGAAAUCCUCAAAGAAUCUGUUGACCUGGAGGAGAUACCUAUUGAAGAAGUGCUUGAAAGUUUGGGAUGUAACAAACAAGGGCUUACUAAUGAAGAUGCUCAACAGCGAUUAGCGGUGUUUGGUUACAACAAACUCGAAGAGAAGGAGGAGAGUAAGCUGUUGAAGUUCUUAUCGUUUAUGUGGAAUCCAUUGUCGUGGGUAAUGGAGGCAGCAGCUAUUAUGUCUAUAGGCCUUACUUAUGGAGGAGGUAAACCACCGGAUUGGGAAGAUUUCUUAGGGAUUACUGCACUUCUUUUAAUCAACUCAACUAUCAGUUUUUUUGAAGAGAAUAGCGCAGGAAAUGCUGCUGCUAGUUUGAUGGCUCAUCUUGCUCCUAAAGCUAAGGUCCUUCGUGAUGGACUGUGGAAAGAGGAAGAUGCGGCUGUUCUCGUUCCUGGAGAUAUAGUCAGUAUCAAGCUUGGUGAUAUAAUCCCUGCUGAUGUCCGUCUACUUGAUGGAGAUCCUUUGAAAAUUGAUCAGUCUGCUCUUACUGGCGAAUGUUUACCAGUAACGAAGAACGCAGGGGAUAGCGUCUUCGCUGGAUCAACUUGUAAACAGGGUGAAAUAGAAGCAGUGGUGAUUGCUACUGGAGUCCAUUCGUUCUUUGGAAAAGCUGCGCACCUAGUGGAUACCACAAACCAAGUUGGUCAUUUCCAAAAGGUUUUGACUGCAAUUGGGAAUUUCUGCAUAUGUUCGAUAGCUGUUGGGAUGGUAAUAGAGAUCAUCGUAAUGUACCCAAUUCAACACCGUGCUUAUCGUACGGGGAUUGAUAAUCUUCUGGUUCUUCUGAUUGGAGGGAUUCCCAUAGCCAUGCCUACAGUGCUUUCAGUGACAAUGGCAAUUGGCUCCCAUCGCUUGUCUCAGCAGGGGGCUAUCACCAAGAGAAUGACCGCGAUUGAGGAAAUGGCUGGCAUGGAUGUACUUUGCAGUGACAAGACUGGAACUCUCACACUGAACAAACUCUCAGUUGAUAAAAAUCUUAUUGAGGUUUUCAUGGAAGGAGUAAAUCCAGCUACUGUUAUUCUAAUGGCGGCCCGAGCCUCCAGGAUUGAAAACCAAGACGCGAUAGAUACUGCUAUAGUUGGAAUGCUAGAUGAUGCAUCAGAGGCACGCGCUGGGGUUCAAGAAGUUCACUUCCUCCCUUUCAAUCCAACCGAUAAGCGUACAGCUCUGACGUACAUUGAUAAUGAAGGUAAAAUGCACCGAGUCAGCAAAGGUGCACCAGAGCAGAUUCUGCAUCUCGCACAUAACAAGUCUAGCAUCGAGCGUAGGGUUCAUGCCGCGAUAGAUAAGUAUGCGCAGAGAGGUUUAAGGGCACUUGCUGUAGCAUAUCAGGAAGUUUCAGAAGGGAGGAAGGAGAGCCCUGGAGGUCCAUGGCAAUUUGUUGGUCUCUUGCCUCUCUUCGAUCCUCCUAGACAUGACAGUGGAGAGACAAUAGCGAGGGCUCUCAACCUUGGUGUAAAUGUCAAAAUGAUCACAGGUGAUCAACUAGCAAUAGCAAAGGAAACAGGACGCCGUCUGGGAAUGGGGACUAACAUGUUUCCUUCAUCUGCUCUAUGGGGCAACAACAAGGAUGAGUCGAUUGCGGCCCUGCCAAUUGACGAACUGAUAGAAAAAGCUGAUGGUUUUGCUGGAGUCUUCCCUGAGCAUAAAUAUGAGAUUGUAAAGCGCUUGCAAGAAAGGAAACACAUAUGUGGAAUGACUGGUGACGGAGUAAACGAUGCUCCUGCACUCAAGAAGGCUGACAUUGGAAUAGCAGUUGCUGAUGCCACUGAUGCAGCUCGUAGUGCUUCUGAUAUUGUCUUGACCGAACCAGGUCUUAGUGUUAUUAUCAGUGCAGUAUUGACCAGUAGAGCUAUCUUUCAGAGAAUGAAAAACUAUACAAUUUACGCGGUUUCCAUAACAAUCCGUAUUGUGCUUGGUUUCAUGCUGCUUACCCUUAUCUGGACGUUUGAUUUUCCACCUUUCAUGGUGCUAAUCAUUGCCAUCCUGAAUGACGGUACUAUUAUGACAAUUGCAAAGGAUAGGGUGAAGCCAUCUCCUCUACCAGAUAGCUGGAAACUGUCAGAAAUAUUUGCAACUGGUAUAGCUCUUGGAAGCUAUUUAGCAAUGAUGACCGUCCUUUUCUUUUGGAUGGCGUUCAGAACAGAUAUUUUUCAUAUGUUAUUCAAGGUUCCUAGCCUAAAAGGUACCGGCCAAGAUAAUUUAGGAAAACAGGCAUCAGCAAUAUACCUGCAAGUGAGCACUAUCAGCCAGGCCCUAAUAUUUGUGACACGGUCACGUAGUUGGUCUUUCGUUGAGCGUCCUGGUAUAUUGCUCGUAGCCGCAUUCUUUGUUGCUCAGCUGGCUGCAACGUUCAUUGCAGUCUAUGCUGGCUGGAGUUUUACAGCAAUUCAGGGAAUCGGUUGGGGUUGGGCUGGCGUUAUUUGGCUUUAUAAUCUAGUCACCUACAUACCCCUUGACAUGAUCAAGUUCCUAACUCGCUAUGCUCUGAGUGGAAGGGCUUGGGAUCUUGUUACUGAAAAACGGACUACAUUCACUAGACAAAAACAUUUCGGGAAAGAAGCACGUCAACUUGAGUGGGCACAUAAUCAGAGGACUUUACAUGGACUGCAUCCACCGGAAAAAAUGUUUGGUAAGCGUACCAAUAAAGCUGAUGCCAAUCUGAUGGCCGAAGAUGCAAUAAGACGAGCUGAGAUUUCUCGAUUGACAGAGCUUCAUACUUUGAAAGGUCAUAUAGAAUCAGUAGUUCGGUUGAAGCAUAUGGACAUUAGUACAAUCCCGCGGGGCUAUACUGUUUGAGUGGGUAAGAAAUAGUGCAGUCUGGGAAGUGAAAGCUGUUUUUGGCUCUUUGGUGUCAAUGCAUAGGGCGAGAAUUUUCAUUUGG